GCUGGUCUCCUCUGCUGGUCUCCUCUGCUGGUCUCCUCUGCUGGUCUAGUGUCUCGUCUCCUCUGCUGGUCUCCUCUGCUGGUCUCCUCUGCUGGUCUCCUCUGCUGGUCUCCUCUGCUGGUCUCCUCUGCUGGUCUCCUCUGCUGGUCUAGUGUCUCGUCUCCUCUGCUCCCACACGUUGGACUGUGGAUGGUGGACGGCGUUCGGAAGACUACAGUCCUUCUCUGACCUCGGGGGACGGUGUGUGUGUGUGUGUGUGUGUAUGAAAGAGUGUGUGUGUGUGAGAGAGAGAGCGCGGUGGCCCGUGUGUGUGUGUGCGCGUGAGAGUGUGUGUGUGUGUGUGUGUGUGGCCCAUCCAACAUGGAGCGGAGGAGGAAGUGGUGUAUGGCAGGGGGCGGGACUUCCCUGAUGCUCCUCGCAAUUCUAUUGGUCAACACCACACAUGCCCUGGAGGUGCCCCUGGACCUGCCGCAGCCUCCCACCAUCACGUACCAGUCACCUAAAGAUUACAUCAUCGACCCGCGCGAGAACAUCGUCAUCAGCUGCGAAGCCAAGGGACAGCCGCACCCCAGCUUCUCGUGGACGUUGAACGGUAGUGACUUCGAGGUGGGUCGCGACCCCAAGGUGACGAUGCGGCCUGGCUCCGGCUCCCUGGUGAUCGACAUCAGCAGCGGCGAGAAGAGCGAAGCCUACGAGGGGGCGUACCAGUGCACCGCGCGGAACCAGCACGGCACCGCCGUGUCCAAUCACAUCAUCGUACGCCAGUCACGCUCCCCCUUGUGGUCAAAGGAGAGUAUUGAGCCUCGCCUGGUGCAGCUGGGGGAUUCUCUAAUACUCCACUGUAGGCCGCCAGCAGGCCUCCCCCCUCCCAUCAUACUGUGGAUGGACCCCAAUUUCAUGCACCUCCCACAGAAUAGCCGUGUGUCUCAGGCUCUAAACGGUGAUCUCUACUUCUCCAACGUGAGGAUGGAGGACGCUCGGAACGACUACAUCUGCUACGCCCGAUUCGCCUACACCUCAACCAUACAGCAGAAACAGCCAAUCACCGUCAGAGUACUCGACAACACCCCUAUCGGAGAGCGCCCCCCCUCCUUCCUCUUGCCGACGGGCAGCACCAGUACCGCCACAGUCCUGAGGGGGGAGACACUGAAGCUCGAAUGCUUUGCAGAGGGACUGCCCACUCCUGAGGUCUCGUGGAGUAGGGAUGGUGGUGAGCUGGCUCCUGGACGCCACCUGCUGUUGAACUACCAGAAGACGCUGCAGAUCAGUGAUGUAACCGAGGGCGACGCCGGGGUGUACAUAUGCAGCGCACGCAACACGCGCGGAUUCAGAAAGCAUCUCAUCACCGUGGACGUCAAAGCUGCCCCCUACUGGACGGGCGCUCCUCGUAACCUGAUCCUGGCUCCUGAGGAGAGUGGGGUGCUGACGUGCCUGGCAGGGGGGAACCCCAAACCCACAGUCUCCUGGGCCGUCAACGGGGUACCCAUACACAGUGCAGCCAAUGAUACGAGUCGAGAGCUGCGUGGAGAUACUGUCUUCCUGUCAGACGUGCGUCCGGGUUCGAGUGCCGUGUACCAGUGCAACGCCUCCAACGAGCACGGAUACCUCCUGGCCAACGCCUUCGUUAAUGUUCUGGCUGAGCCCCCGAGGGUUCUGACUCCGCCCAACUACCUGUAUCAGGUGAUCACCAACAGCCCCGCCCACCUGGAGUGCAACACCUUCGGAUCCCCCAUACCCUCCAUCAAGUGGUUUAAGGAUAAUGUAGAGGUUGUGCACGGUGAGCCGUACGUGCUACACCCCAAUGGGACACUAGAGGUCCUCGUAGCGCAGCCCAGCUACAGCGGACGCUACACCUGCAUAGCAACCAACACACUCGGACGCAAAGAGAACCACGUCUACCUGGAGGUCAAAGAGCCCACUCGUAUCGUGACUCAGCUGCUCUACAAGGUAGUGGAGAGGGGGAGGAAGGCCGUCUUCGAGUGUAAAGUCAAACACGACCCCACGCUCAUCCCCACCAUGAUCUGGCUCAAAGACGACCAAGACCUGCCUGAUGACGACAGGUUUGUGAUCAGUGCUGACAGCCUGAUCAUCAAUGAGGUGACGGAGACCGACGAGGGCAGAUACACCUGCAUCAUGAACACCACACUCGACCAGGACUCAGCCAGCGCAACGCUCACUGUAGUGGAGCGUCCGGACCCCCCAACAGACCUGGAGCUGACCGACCAAUUGGAGAGAAGCGUUCAGCUCACAUGGAUACCUGGAGACGAACACAACAGCAUGAUAACCAAGUUCCUGAUCCAGUAUGAGGAUUCUCUGCAUGAGAAGGGGGUGUGGUCGGACAUGACAGAGGUGUCUGGUGAUGUCACGACGGCUCGUCUGCAGCUGUCUCCGUACGUCUACUACUCCUUCAGGGUUCUGGCCGAGAAUGGCAUCGGACUCAGCGACGCCAGCAGCCCGUCCGAACAGUACCGCACCAACCCAGCCAAGCCAGACGUCAACCCAUCAGAGGUGAAGGGUUAUGGAACGGAACCCAAGAACCUGGUCAUCUCAUGGAAGGAGUUGUCUGGUCUCCAGUCUAACGGUCCUGAUCUGCAGUACGAGGUGUCAUGGCGACAGCAGGGUGUGGACCAGGAGUGGGCGAGUGUGACGGUGGCCAACGCCUCGCAGUACGUGGUGCCGGAGACGCCCACCUACGCCCCCUACGACAUCAAGGUGCGCGCACGCAACCGCUACGGAGCCGGCCCGGAUCCCCAAGUACUCCUGGGAUACUCGGGAGAGGACCUGCCCUCCGCUGCUCCCGCCAGCGUAUCGGUGGAACCAGGAAAUGACACGACAGCAGAGGUCAACUGGGAAUCCGUUCCCAUGGCAACAGUGCGCGGUAGACUACAAGGCUACAAGGUGUACUUCUGGCGUGAGCGCAGCCUGCUGCGUGAGGGGGGGCGGGAGGAGGAGGGCCAGGUGCUGGUGUUUGGCGGGAACCGUACGGGGGGGCACCUGCCCGAGCUGAAGCCGUACAGCAGAUACGGACUCCAGAUACGAGUCUUCAACAGCCGGGGAGAGGGGCCCCCCAGCGCAAAGACCAGCUUUAACACACCUGAAGCAGUUCCGGGGUCUCCAACAGGCCUGGCGGUCAGCAACCCCAAAGCCGACGCGCUGACACUGAAGUGGGAACCCCCUCUGGAGGAACACGGGCCCCUCCUGGGGUACACACUCACAUACCAGCCUGUGAACUCCACAGAUGAGCUUGGUCCAAUCCAGGAGCUGUCUCUGAUGGCCAAUGAGACGACUGUCACGUUGCCACGGUUACAGUUGGGGACACGGUAUAGGCUGUCUCUCACCGCCAGCACCUCACGAGGGGCGGGGCCAAGCGCUGACUUGGAGGCCGCCACCAUGAUCGACGAAGCUCGGCCGGCGUUCGGGAAAGUAAACUCUUCCCUGGAGGAACAAGGAGCCGUGAUCCACUGGGAAUACACGGGGACCGAUAGCGUCUUCGUGGAAUAUGUAGAGGACAACAGUAAGGACGGCUGGAAGAAAGAGCAGGUUAACGGCUCCCAGUCGUACAUGAUGAAGGGUCUGAAGGCCGGCACCACCUAUAGGGUUCGCCUGGUGGCCAAAGACCACGUGGACCGCACGCUGCACCUCACCGAAGAGAUGCUCAUUAAGGUGCCGGCAGCGGUGGUGAGUCCGCAUGUGGACAUCGCUACGCAGGGCUGGUUUAUCGGGCUCAUGUGUGCGGUGGCGCUCCUCAUCCUCGUGCUGCUCAUCGUCUGCUUCAUCAAGAGGAACAAGGGGGGCAAGUACCCAGUGAAAGAGAAGGAGGACCAGCAUCAGGAAACGGAGAGACCCUUGAAGGAGGACGACGGAACCUUUGGGGAGUACAGUGACACGGAGGACCAUAAGCCCCUGAAGGGCAGCCGUACGCCCUCCAACGGCACGGUGAAGAAGGAUGACAGCGAUGACAGCCUGGUGGACUACGGGGAGGGGGGGGAGGGGCAGUUCAACGAGGACGGAAGCUUCAUCGGCCAAUACAGUGGCAAGAAGGAGCGCGACACCGCCGAAGGCAACGAGAGCUCAGAGGCGCCCUCUCCUGUCAACGCCAUGAACUCCUUCGUCUGAAUACACACACACACACACUCACACACACAUACACUUACACUCACCGCCGAGGGCAACAAGAGCUCAGAGGCGCCCUCUCCUGUCAACGCCAUGAACUCCUUCGUCUGAGACACACACACUCACACACACACACACCUACACCUACACUCACCGCCGAGGGCAACGAGAGCUCAGAGGCGCCCUCUCCUGUCAACGCCAUGAACUGCUUCGUCUGAAUACACACACACACACACACAGGGAAUAUUAUACACACACACUUACACACACACACACUCAUAUUCACUCCUUCGUCUGAAUACACACACACACAUAUAUACAGAGGGAAUAUUAUACACACACACUUACACACUCACACACUUAUACAGUUACACUCUCACGGCCGAGGGCCACGAGAGCUCAGCGGCGCCCUCUCCUGUCAAUGCCCUGAACUCCUUCGUCUGAGACACACAAAAACACUAUACACACAUAUUUACACAUACUUGCACACAGACACACCCCAUACAUACACAUACACACACACACACACACACACAAGCACACAAAUUCACUCACACACACACACACACACACACACUCACACACACACACCCCUUCAUCUGUGUCCAGCUCUCCCAUCACCCUCCCGUGUCGUGAACUCUGAUGUGACUUUACAGACUGUAGAGAGAGACAUGGGACACACACACACACACACACACACACACACACACACACACACA